UCGUGACUGUGACUUUUCUCUUUUUGAUCUCCGCUUCUAUUAAUUCAAUUCCCUUUCUCAGCUGCUACUUCAUUUUCUCAGCCUCCUGACUCCCCAUCAACCUUCUCUCUGCAUUUUCAUCAUCCAUUGAAACCUUCUCUCCUGCUGACAAUUCAGCUGCGUUCUGGUACAAACCUGUCGUAUUUUUCAGAAAGUUUUCUUCUUUCUUUUAUUUUUUCCUGGGAAUCGCAGUAAGUGGACUUUAUCCAGAGCAGAUGGGAAGGCACUCUUGCUGUUACAAGCAGAAGUUGAGGAAAGGUCUUUGGUCACCGGAGGAAGAUGAGAAGCUCUUGAAGUAUAUAACCAAGUAUGGACAUGGGUGUUGGAGUUCUGUCCCUAAACAAGCAGGUUUGCAGAGGUGUGGGAAGAGCUGCAGGUUGAGGUGGAUAAACUAUUUGAGACCUGAUUUGAAGAGAGGCACAUUCUCCCAGCAGGAGGAGAAACUGAUAAUUGAACUUCAUGCAGUUCUAGGCAACAGGUGGUCGCAGAUUGCAGGACAAUUGCCGGGAAGAACCGAUAACGAGAUAAAGAAUUUCUGGAACUCUUGCAUUAAGAAGAAGCUCAGGCAGAGUGGCAUUGACCCCAACACUCAUAAGCCUCUUUCCGAGGUUGAGAAUGAAGAGAAGGCGCCCCCCACCACCACCACCACCACCACCAACAACAACAAAAACACCAAUACUACUACCAAUAACAACAGCAGUAGCAACAAGAACAAGAACAACAAAAAUAAUUACAGCAUGAGCAUUAGCAGCAGCAGCAACAACAGUGACAAAGCCUCUGGGAUAAAACCCAAUGAACUGAACUUCCUCAAGGCAGAAAAUUCUAAGCCGGGGUUAGGGAUACCGGAGCCAAAGCCACCUUUAGUUGGUGGCAUUCGCUACCCACUAGAAGGUUGUUUGAGCUCCAAGAUCAACAACAAUCUCAACGACUCGAUUACACCCACGCAGACCACCAAGGAUUUCUUUCUAGAUAGAUUCGUAACCUCCCACGAGAGCUCUUCCAGUAGCAGGCCUUCGGAUUCUGUGACCUGUUUCCCCCUUCAGCAGUUGAAUUAUGAUGGGUCCAAUGCCGGUCUUUCUGCAAACACCAACCCAUCUCUCUGGUUCAACCAGAACUACAGGCCUUUCGAGAUGAAUUCUGAGUUCAAUUCCAAUACAAUUUCAACCGUUCUUCCAUCAGCGUCGACCUCGGUUCUCCCUACUCCGGUAGGAAUCAGGCCUGCCUUGACGGGAUCCUUUAGUAUUAACGGAGUGCAUUACUGGCAAACCGGUAGCUCCAGUAACAGUAGUAGCAGCAGUAGUGGAAGCAAUAGCAGUAUUGAGCUCCAAGGCAACAAUUCAUUCUUUGACAACGCUGUCUUCUCUUGGGGACUGGCAGAUUGCAGAGCGUCAGAUAAACAAACCCAAAUCCACCCCAUAGAGGGCGAACCCGAAGACCUCAAAUGGUCUGAGUUUCUCCAUAACCCACUCCUUAUGGCGUCCACUUUACAGAAUCAAACCCCCCAACCUAUAUACAGCGACAUUAAAUCAGAAGCGCAGUUCAUAACCGACGGGCCUAGCACAAGUUGGCAACAAAACCAGCAGCAGCAACAACAAUUACAGGCUUCGGAUGUAUAUGCUAAGGAUUUCCAGAGACUCGCGGCAGUCUUCGGACAAAUUUAGCUUUGCGUUUAACACGUAGUAUGUGUCGGCUGAAUGGAGGUGGUGGUUGGAGUGCGGUAAAAAAAAUUACAGAAUUUUCCCAAGUCAAAGAAAGGCUUGAAUAAAGGCUUCCUCUUCUGAUUAAAGGUGUGUGCCGUAGAUUUUUCUCUUGUAAAUAGGUCUGAUACAAAAUAGAAAUUUCUCUGCUUCUGAUUCUGCUGGUUUUUUGAAUAUUUGUGAAGAACGUAAGCUCGAUCAAGUUGAUCUUUUAUUGUUGGGUUGGGAUAGAAUUGCAUAAUAAGGCUUGUUCCAGUGCUUUUCUUA